GUAAAAGAGGGCUGUGGUAGGAUGGGGAGGGGAGAGCAGGGAGGCCCUGGGCACACCCUGACAGAGGGGAGCGGGACAGGGUGUAGGUUCACCCUUGCUAGGUGAGCUAUGUUGCCCCAGCUGCCUCUGCUGCUCCUCUUGUUGCUGGCCCCCCAUGGUGGGCAUGGCUGCCAGGAACCAGAGCUUGACCGGGAACUGGUCCUGGCCAAGGUGAGGGCCCUGUUCCUGGAUGCCUUGGGGCCCCCAGCAGUAACCCAGGAAGGUGGGGAUCCUGGAAUCAGGAUACGAAGACAUGCUGUGGGGGCCUUCGUGCGCCGCCGGGGCUCUGAACCUUUGGAGGAGGAUGUCUCCCAGGCUAUCCUUUUCCCAGUGACAGGUGCCAGCUGUGAGGAUGAGCCAGCUGCUGGAAAGCUGGCCCGGGAGGCAGAGGAAGGCCUCUUCACCUACGUGUUCCGGCCAUCCCAGCACACACGCAGCCGCCAGGUGACUUCGGCUCAGCUGUGGUUCCACACGGGACUGAACAGGCAGGACACAGCAGCCUCCAAUAGCUCUGGGCCCCUGCUAGACCUGCUGGUGCUGUCAUCUGGGGCUCCCGUGGCUGUGCCCAUGACACUGGGCCAGGGCCCGCCUCGCUGGGCUGUGCUGCACCUGGCAGCCUCUGCCCUCCCUCUGCUGAGCCACCCUGUCCUGGUGCUGCUGCUGCGCUGUCCUCUCUGUUCCUGCUCAGCCCGGCCUGAGGCCAUACCCUUCCUGGUGGCCCACACGCGGGCCAGGCCACCCAGCGGAGGGGAGCGAGCCCGCCGUUCCGCUCCCCCGCUGUCCUGGCCUUGGUCUCCCUCUGCCCUGCGUCUGCUGCAGAGGCCCCCAGAGGAACUCGCCGCCCAUGCCAACUGCCACAGAGCAGCCCUCAACAUCUCCUUCCAGGAGCUGGGCUGGGACCGGUGGAUCGUGCACCCUCCCAGCUUCAUCUUCCACUAUUGUCACGGUGGCUGUGGGCUGCCCACCCCGCCAGACCUGCCCCUACCAGGCCCUGGGGUUGCCCCUACCCCGGUGCAGCGCCUUUCGCUGGUGCCAGGGGCCCUGCCUUGCUGUGCUGCUCUCCCAGGGACCAUGAGGCCCCUCCGUGUCCGCACUACCUCGGAUGGAGGUUACUCGUUCAAGUACGAGACGGUGCCCAACCUUCUCACGCAACACUGUGCCUGUAUCUAAGGCAGCCUUGCUGGAGGUCUAGCCCCCAACCCCAUCAGCUGGGAAGAGGACAGAAUUUGGGGAAAAGGGUUCCCAUUGCUCCCCUCCUUCUGCAUUUCUGCCUGAGGGCUCCACCCCCACCUCAUGCCUUGCCAUGGGUAAUGUGACAAUAAAAGCAUAGUGCAUAUGACUCGGCUGUGUUCUCAGCCUUCUCUGAU